GUUCGCAUUCGUUCUCGCGAACAGAAUGGUCGUUCAACCUACACAGUAACUAAGAGAGAUCUCGUGUCAGGCAAAGAUUUCGUGGAAACAAGAACACAAAUCACAUUCCGCGAAUAUAUGCGCUAUCAGGCUAUGACAGAUACAAGCCGUUUACCGCUUCAUAAACAAAGACGAUGUUUUAUGGUUGGUAGCCAGUACUUCAAUCUUGAUAUUUAUACCGUACUACCACCGUCUGCUUGCCCAUUGCAAAUCGAUGGUCAUUUGAUGUUUCUUGAAACUUACACCACCAUUCCUAAGGGCGAACCGCUACCUCUUCCAGAUUUCCUCACCAUCGAGAAGGAAAUCACUGGACAAUCUGCAUACAGUAUGUAUUCAAUGUCUAAAAAACCGAAUGCGGUAUGUGAAGUAGAAGAGUUUCUUGGAGCCGCUGAAUUCAAAGACGAUUGA